AUGAGUUUUAUCCUGAAACUUCACAGACAUUUUCAAAGGACAGUUAUUUUGCUGGCCACUUUUUGUAUGGUGAGCAUAGUUAUUUCUGCGUAUUACUUGUAUAAUGGCUACAAACAGGAAAAUGAACUUCCUGAAAUCUCUUCAGAAGUGGAAUGUGGUGAUCCUCAACUGUUGCCAUACAAGCUGAUGGAGAUGAAGACCAUGAAGUCUAUUGACCCCCUGAGGACAGAUCUUGUAGUGCUGGUGUUUGUGGAAAGUCAGUACUCAGCACUAGGCCAAGAUAUAAUAACCAUUUUAGAAUCUAGCAGAUUUCAGUUUCACACUGAGAUUGCACCUGGGAAAGGUGACCUCCCAGUGCUUAUAGACAAAAAUAAAGGCAAAUAUGCUCUCAUAGUAUAUGAAAAUAUUCUAAAGUAUGUGAACAUGGACUCCUGGAACAGAGGCCUUCUAGAUAAGUACUGUAUAGAGUAUGGUGUAGGUGUUAUUGGAUUUCACAAAGGUAAUGAGAACAGCUUGCAGAGCUCUCAGUUGAAGGGCUUUCCUUUCCAUGUCCACAGCAAUCUGGGUAUUAAGGACUGUUGCAUUAACCCUCAUUCCCCACUGCUUCAUGUGACUAAAUCUUCUAAGCUUGAGAAAGGUCCCUUGCUUGGAAAUGAUUGGGCGGUUUUCCACGUUAAUCAUACGACUUAUCAACCAGUGAUAUUUGCAAAAGUAAAGACAGCAGAAAACCUUUCACCACCUCCUGCUAUAAGUGCUCUCUAUGCCACGGUAAUUCAUGACCUGGGGCUCCACGAUGGGAUUCAGCGAGUCCUUUUCGGCAAUAACUUGAAUUUUUGGCUGCACAGGCUGAUUUUCAUAGAUGCUGUCUCUUUCCUGUCUGGCAAGAGGCUCAGACUGUCCUUGGAUAGGUACGUUCUGGUUGACAUCGAUGACAUCUUUGUUGGGAAGGACGGAACAAGAAUGAACAUCAAUGAUGUACAGGCCCUGCUUGACACUCAGAAUCUUUUGAGAGCUCAGAUUACAAAUUUUACUUUCAACCUGGGAUUUUCAGGGAAAUUUUAUCACACAGGGACUGAGGAGGAGGAUGAAGGUGAUGACCUGCUGUUGAGAUCUGCAGAUGAGUUUUGGUGGUUUCCCCAUAUGUGGAGUCACAUGCAGCCUCACCUCUUCCACAAUGAGUCGUCACUGGUGGAGCAGAUGAUCCUCAACAAAAAAUUUGCCUUAGAACAUGGUAUUCCAACUGAUUUGGGCUAUGCAGUGGCUCCACACCAUUCUGGAGUCUACCCAGUACAUGUUCAACUCUAUGAUGCCUGGAAAAAGGUCUGGAAUAUCAGAGUUACCAGCACAGAAGAAUACCCACACCUGAAGCCUGCACGGUAUAGACGAGGCUUCAUCCACAAAAAUAUCAUGGUGCUUCCUAGGCAAACCUGUGGCUUAUUCACCCACACGAUUUUCUAUAAAGAGUAUCCUGGAGGCCCAAAGGAACUAGACAAAAGUAUUCAAGGAGGAGAGUUGUUCUUCACAGUGGUUCUCAAUCCAAUUAGCAUCUUCAUGACACAUUUGUCCAAUUACGGAAACGACCGCCUGGGAUUAUACACCUUUGUGAACCUGGCCAACUUUGUUAAUACCUGGACAAACCUGAAACUGCAAACUCUUCCUCCCGUUCAGCUGGCCCACAAGUAUUUUGAACUGUUUCCUGAGCAGAAGGACCCUCUCUGGCAGAAUCCCUGUGAUGACAAACGGCACAAAGAUAUCUGGUCGAAAGAAAAAACCUGUGAUCGAUUACCAAAAUUCUUGGUUGUAGGACCCCAGAAAACUGGUACCACAGCCUUGUAUUUGUUCCUGAUCAUGCAUCCUUCCAUCAUUAGUAACUCCCCCAGCCCAAAAACCUUUGAGGAGGUACAGUUCUUUAAUAGAAAUAACUACCACAGGGGGAUUGAUUGGUACAUGGAUUUCUUCCCCACUCCUUCUAAUGUCACUACUGACUUCCUCUUUGAGAAAAGUGCCAACUAUUUCCAUUCUGAGGAAGCUCCUAAACGAGCUGCUUCCCUCAUCCCCAAGGCCAAGAUCAUCACCAUCCUCAUUGACCCGUCCGAUCGGGCGUAUUCCUGGUAUCAGCAUCAGCGAUCCCAUGAAGAUCCUGCAGCUCUAAAGUUCAGCUUCUAUCAGGUGAUCACAGCUGGACCUCGAGCACCAUCUGAGCUUAAAGCUCUCCAGAAGAGAUGCUUAACACCAGGAUGGUAUGCUACGCAUAUUGAAAGAUGGCUAACUUACUUCCCACCUUAUCAGUUGCUAAUUAUUGAUGGACAGCAGCUGAGAACUGACCCAUCUACUGUAAUGGAUGAAGUACAGAAGUUUCUGGGAGUCUCUCCUCAUUAUAAUUACUCUGAAGCCCUAACGUUCGAUUCACAUAAAGGUUUCUGGUGUCAGCUCCUGGAAGAAGGAAAAACAAAGUGUCUUGGAAAGAGCAAAGGUAGAAAAUACCCUCCUAUGGAUUCUGAGUGCAGGGCUUUUCUAUCAAGCUACUACAGAGAUCACAAUGUGGAACUGUCAAAACUCCUACACAAACUGGGACAACCCUUGCCAUCCUGGCUGAGACAGGAGCUACAGAAAGAAACUCUAAAAAACACUACUUUUAAUGUGCAGUCAACUUGGUGAAGAAUGAAGAGUCUGAGGAAAGCAUGCAGACAACAGCUACAUGUGUAAUUGCCCAAAUUGUAGGAUGCACAGAAUACAGCUGAGUAAGCAAGUCAUACAACAUGAAUUACCUGACAAAGUUUAACUACUUCUAUUCACAGUUUACUUACAAUAGGUGUUUGAUUUCCAGGAACAGACUAUCAAUAUUAACACUCUUUAAAAAAAUACUGAUUCAUUACAAUGAAUUUAUAUUUGCUAGUCAAAGUCAAAUAUGUUGUAUUGUGGUUGAUAACACAGCCAUGGUUUCUGCUGUCCUGGUAGAUAACGGCACAAUUGCUUGAUUUUGUGAGCUUCACCUUCAUUUUCAUCAAUAUGAUUCUGAAAUUUGCUUUCUGCAGAACCUGUGCCAUUAAAAUAACAUGUGUGACUAUGAGCAGAAAGUGACCAUUACAGGGGGUGUAAAAGGGCCUGAUAUGAAAUAACUUAAUUAUUUAAGCAACCAUUGCUGAAAAUGCUGUUGAUAUUUUCCCAGUUCUACUGCAGAAAGACUUAGUCGCGAUGAUGUGCAGACUUUCUUGUACAGAAUAUCCUUUUUCAUUGCUUAAAGAUGUGAAACUUCCUCAGGAAGAAAUUAAAUAGGUAUUUCAGUGUUAUAGAGGUAAUACUCUUGUCAUUCACAUUGAAUGAAAAUUGCUGGAAACACUUU